AUGGCCACAAUCAAUCCCCAGGAUAGCUACCAAGGGUCCUAUCGGGCCGGGACGAUCGCAAUGACUAUCCUCGGUAUCCUGUUUGUGAUCUUACGAUUUUUGGCACGGUGGAAGAAGUCACUGAAGCCAGGCCUGGAUGAUUAUGUGAUCUUGGCUGCUUUAAUUCCUUUAUUGACUCUCGUUGGCUUGAUGCUAUCAUUAACUGACUAUGGUAUGGGAUUACAUUCUGAGAUCUUGCCAGCUGAAAAUAUCAUGAUGAUUGCAAAGCUCUUGGUGGUAUUUGAGUGCAUCUAUGUCACAACUAUAGCAGUGACGAAAGUUUCUAUUCUGCUCAUGUACUGUCGCAUCUUCCCCACGAGAGAAAUCCGCAUUGCCUCCAUGAUCCUGGGUGGGAUAUCGCUCGCGUGGGCGAUCGCUAUCAUCCUCGUCAGCAUCUUCCAAUGCACUCCGAUUGCACGAGCCUGGGAUACACGGAUCCCUGGGACGUGCAUCGACCUUAAAGCCUCCUUUAUUGGAAACGCAGUACCCAAUAUUGUCACUGAUAUUCUCAUUCUCUCUCUACCCGUGCGGGUGGUGUGGGGACUGCAUGCAAGCCUUACGCACCGACUGUCCGUAAUUGGAAUCUUCCUGUUGGGUAGUUUCGUUAUCUUCACCAGUAUCUAUCGCUUCACUACUCUGUUUGAGUUCAAUCCGGAAGACAUUGCCUGGACACUCGGAAAUGCCUGCACUUGGUGUAUCGUUGAAAGCUCAACUGGUAUUAUCUCCGCCUGCAUGCCGACUCUGCGUCCGUUGUUUUUAAUGGUUUCAUCCAAAUUCUCCAGCCAGUCUGGUACGCAAAAAUCACGAACGACAGAUCUCGAGAACUCUAAAGGUUAUGAGUUAGACAACUCUGCCCUUAGGCCUGCUGAUGAGCAACGCAAUAAAACUAAAGUACAUCUAGAUGUGUCCCAGGCUGACGAUGCAUCUGGGGAUGAGGUACCGUUGAAUUCCAUUCGAGUUCAGCGGGAUAUGACAUGGCACGAAUCGGGCGCCGAUUCUUUUCGAGGUUAUAAAUAG